AUGGCGCUGCCCCUCGCCCUGGGGCUGUGCUGGGGGGCGCUGGCGGCAGCAGCGGCGGAGCCCCACAGCUUGGACAUCCUGAUCACCGGGCUGAACGAGCUGGACGGGACUCACAGGUUCUUCAUGCUCGCCAAGCUGGACGGGCUGGCGCUCGCCUCCUACAGCAGCGACACCCGCGAGGUGAAACCCCUCAGGGAGUGGGCAGCGCAGGCCGUUGGCGCGAGCUAUUUAAGGAAGAAGACGCAGGAGUUCAGGCUCUACGAGGCCAUCUCCCGAGUGGUGACUCACCGCUGGAUGGUGCAGCACAACCAGACUGGCGGGAUCCACACCCUGCAGCUGCACGUGAACUGUGUGCUGGACGGGGACACCCCCGUGCGAGGGCAGUUUCACUUUGCUUUCGACGGGCAGGAUUUCCUCAUCCUGGAGAGAAACCAAUCCGCGUGGGUGCCGCUGGCGCCGGGAGCCUCCAACGAGACGCACUUCUGGAACGCUGGCCACACCUGGACCCUGUUUGCAAAGGAGUUCCUGCAGGAGGAGUGCGUGGACACCCUGAGGAGCCUGCUGCGGGGCGGGAUGGAGGCUCUGGGACGGCAGGUCCCCCCAGGGAUCUCGGUGACCUACAGAGACGCCCCCCACGGCUCCGCCACCCUCUCCUGCCACGCCAGGGGCUUUUACCCCCGUCCCAUCCGCGUCUCCUGGGUGCGGGAUGGGGCGGAGAUCCUGCCGCCCAUGAACGCCAGCGGGAUCCUGCCCCACGCCGACGGCACCUACCAGAUCCGGCAGUCCCUGGAGAUCCCCCCGCGGUGGGGCCACGGCUACGCCUGCCGGGUGAACCACAGCAGCCUGGGGGAGCCGGUGCCCACCACGGCGCCCGGGAAGAUGGGGGGCCUGGCCCCCGGGAUCCUGGCCUUCCUUGGCCUCGCUGCGCUGACUGGGGCCGGCGCCGCAUUGGCUGGCGUCGUGGUGUGGAGGAGAAAGCGCCCGGACUCCGGCAGAAGCAGCUUCGCCCCGACUGCCAGAUCUGCUCUGGGGAUUAUUGGGGCAGGUCUCCGGCCCCUGCUGUGCAGGGGAUCAGACCCGAUGAUCGCAGUGAUCCCUUUUGGCCUUGGGAUCUGUGACUCUAUGAACCCACCACCCACAGCCCCUGUCAGCCCGGACCCCGCUGGCCAGCGUCGGACCACACCUGUGUGA